AUGUCUCGAAACGUUGUGCCUGUCAGCGGAUUUGACGUUCAGAAUCUGGAAACGGUGUGCCUGUCAGCGGAUUUGGUGUUCAGGAUCUGGAAACGUUGCGCCUGUCAGCGGAUUUGGUGUUCAAUGUCUCGAAACGUUGCGCCUGUCAGCGGAUUUGGUGUUCAGUGUCUCGAAACGUUGCGCUUGUCAACGGAUUUGGUGUUCAGUGUCUCGAAACGUUGCGCCUGUCAACAGAUUUGGUGUUCGCCUGUCAGCGGAUUUGGUGUUCAGUGUCUCGAAACGUUGCGCUUGUCAGCGGAUUUGGUGUUCAGUGUCUCGAAACGUUGCGCCUGUCAGCGGAUUUGGUGUUCAGUGUCUCGAAACGUUGCGCUUGUCAGCGGAUUUCGUGUUCAGUGUCUCGAAACGUUGCGCCUGUCAGCGGAUUUGGUGUUCAGUGUCUCGAAACGUUGCGCCUGUCAGCGGAUUUGGUGUUCAGUGUCUCGAAACGUUGCGCCUGUCAGCGGAUUUGGUGUUCAGUGUCUCGAAACGUUGCGCUUGUCAGCGGAUUUGGUGUUCAGUGUCUCGAAACGUUACGCCUGUCAGCGGAUUUGGCGUUCAGUGUCUCGAAACGUUGCGCCUGUCAGCGGGUUUGGCGUUCAGUGUCUCGAAACGUUGCGCCUGUCAGCAGAUUUGGUGUUCAGUGUCUCGAAACGCUGCUCGAAACGCCGUUCCGCCUGUCAAAAGAUUUGGUGUUCAAUGACUCGAAACGCUGUGCCUGUCAACGGAUUUGGCGUUCAGAAUCUGGAAACGUUGCGCCUGUCAGCGGAUGUGGUGUUCAGAAUUUGGAAACGCUGCGUUUCGCGUUGCUUAGCGAGUUUGAUGUUGCGAGGGUGGAAACGCUAUGCCUUUCAACGGAUUUGGUGUUCAAUGUCUCGAAACGCUGUGCCUGUCAACGGAUUUGGCGUUCAGAAUCUGGAAUCGUUGCGCCUGUCAACGAAUUUGGAGUUCAGAAUCUGA